AGAAGAUCAAAGUUUUUCCGACAAUUCAGAUAAAUUGUCGAUGUGGCAACGUGCAUUUGGGAAUUCUGUCAUUUUGUUCUGGCUUUAGACCACCUCAAUUCACUAAAUCUUCAUUAUUCCUUGUUUUAAUUAUUUUGUAUUUUCAUUUAUAACCAUUAGAAGUGAUAUUAGAUAUGCCUAGCAAGUGUUUUUUGUGUAGUUUCACUUAUAUUGUGGAAGGUGAGAUUAGUCUUCACAGACUUCCAUCGAAUCAACUUGAACGAGAAAAAUGGUUGCAGAGAAUUUCUUGGAACCGAACGAUGUUGGAAAAAAAAAUGAUUCUUUGCUCAAAUCACUUUCCUGAAGAUUGCUUCCGACUAAUGAACCUAAAAAAGAAGUUCAUUCCAGGAAGUUUGCCUUCUCCUUCUGAAAUCAAAUUGGAAAUACCUCUGACUUACUCAGAAGGGAAUGGAAGUAUUGAAGAACAGGACUCUAUGGAAGCUCUAUAUGAUUCUAAAAUACAUUCUCCAUCAAAAAAACGAUUGAGAUUUGACACUCCAACUACCAAUGAUUCAGAAGAAACACUGACUUUAACCUCUCCUUCAAAAUGUGCAUCAUUUAGCUCUAGUGCCACUUCUUUCUCUGGGAAACGAAGAAUAUCCAAAAUGAAGUCGAGACGGUUUUUCUCAAAUCCCCGCUAUAUUGGAAACUAUUCACAUCGUCAUUUGGAAAACCCUAUGCUGCGAAAGAAAUACUUUAGAUUGUCUCGAAGAAUCCUGUCCAAUUUCAAGGUCAAAAAUAAAAUAUUGUGUGUGUCCAUCCUGAAGUCAAAAUUACAGUUGAGAAAAACCUUGGGGUAUCUUACCAAUGCCUCUCAAUUUGUAGUUGAUAUCUGUACCCAGGCUGAAAAGACAUUUAAGUGGACAGAAAGAGUUUUUAAUAUAUUCGAAAAAUAUUAUUGGAACUUGUUAUCACACUGGUUCUCACUACAUUGAAUAGUGUUGAUCCAAAAUUGUUCAAUGAUUUCAAUCAGCAUCUGUUUGAUGAUGAACCAGAGAGAAUCCAUAGUCCUGCUAUAACGAAAAUGAUUCUAAAUGAUUCUGGAAACUUAUUUCGGUUUGAGGAUUCACCACGAAUUGAGAAGUCGACAGAGUGCAAAAUUAGAUUUGAAUCAGUUGAGAAGUAGAUUGACAAAAACUAUAUUUGAAAAUCAAUAGAUUUUUCUAAUAAUAUUUAAAACCAAUAAUUUUAUUUAUACUGCAUUUCUAUGAUAAAUAUAUCCUGUUGUUUUAUUGAACCAAUAGAUUUUUCUAAUAAUAUUUGUAAACCAAUAUUUUAUAUUUAUAUUCUGUAUUUCUGUGAUAAAUAUAUUCUGUUGUUUUUUCUAA